AUGAUACCAUUUCAGUGCUUAACUGUUGAAGGAAAAUCUAUUUGGGAAAAGGCAAUUGAUUGCGAAAAAAGAAAAUCAAUAAUUUAUUCUUGGGAAUCAAUUGGAAAAAUCAAAGAAUUUCAAACUCCUUCAUCAAAAUAUUUAACAGAAUCAGAUAUUUAUACAUUUGAAACCAUUAUCUUUAAACAUUUUCAUGAUCAAUUUUCAAAUUAUGGAUUAGGAAACACCAAAUCAUAUAAUAAUUUGAUCAAAGUAAGAUUAAAAAAAUUUGUUAACAAAAUACCUGACAUUAGAAGUGAAGGUUAUAGUGCUAAAAGUAUGAAAAUGAUUUUAUUAAGAUUUUCAAACAUCGGAACACAUAUAAAAAGAUUAGAAAAUGUCGCAGAAAAAUGUAUCAAUAAUCCACAUUUUUAUGGUUUGACUGGUGUGGCUUUUGGGAGAAGCCUUGAUUGUUUCACUUCUUUUAUAAGAACUUCAAUUCUUGUUAGGAUAGAAAAAUCUAUAAUAAAUGAUGAUCAAAUCAAAAUCAUUCAAUUAUAUCAUUUAAUGGAUGAAACUUCAAUCAUACUUGAAAUAAUUGCCAGAUUCUGUAAAUGUGAUGUAUCUGAACAACAUCUUUUAUUAUUACCCGAAAUUCAACAAGAACAAUGGAUGGAUCAAGGAUUCUAUUUACCAUUUGGAAAUGAUAUUCUAUCAGAAAUCUAUAAUUUUAUAGAAUUAAUUGAUAUAUCUGGAUCAUUGUUUCUGAAAUCAGUUUUUCUUGCAUUCUUAGAACAAUCUAGUUGUCCCUUCUUUGAAAUGUUAAGUUCUUGUGAAAUUCUUGGUGAUCAAUAUUGUGACCCAUAUGGUGAAUUUUUCAUUGAAGUCAAAUCUUGUGUUGUUCAAGAUGAAAAAUAUUGGGAAACUGGAACAAAUAUGAAUAGAAAUCAUUCAUUGCCAAUUUUCAUUGAUUCUGAUGUUGCAAGAGAUAUUGUAGAAGCUGGGAAAUCACUUAGACUUUUACGAGAUUGUUACCCAAAUCAUGCUUUAUGUUAUCUUGGAAUGAAAGCUCAUGAUCAAAAAAGCAACACAACUUCAUCAACAUUAUGGAGUGUCAAUUUGAAAUGGAUUUUUACACAAGGAGAAAUUGACGAUAUGCAUGAUCAUCUUCGAAACUACUUGAAAGAUAAGACUUUUGAAAUCCUUGCUCAACAAAAACAGAGAAAGAUUGAUCAUCUUCCAAUUAAUAAAACUAAUAGCUUAUUUCAGAAGCAGCAACUAAAUCAACAACAGCAUCAUAAUCACCACCAGUGUCAUUUCAAUUCUAAUUCUAAUCCUAUCAAUCACUCAAAAGUAGAAAAAAAGGGUUCAAAUAAUUAUACAAGCAAAACAUUAGUAUUUGACAUAAUCUCAAACAAAGAAAAUCCAACAAUAACCUUAAUAGAGCAUUUUAUUGAAACUCAAUCAUCUCAAAAAUCCUAUAAACAAUACGUUCCUCCUUUAGGCGUGAUAAAAGAUCUUGUUAUAAGACACACUCUUUUAUCCUAUUGUCAAUUGUUAAAUUCUUCAAUUCUUUCUGUAUUUUUUCAAGAAUAUAAUCUUUGCGCUCAUUUUAAAGUUUUAAAAGACUUUAUGCUCAUGGGGAAUGGUAAAUUUGUUCAAGGAUUGAAUGAUGCUCUUUUUAGUGAUAAUGUUGAUUACGGUGAAAAAUUUUAUGACACCAAUUAUUCAUCAUUACUACAAUCUCCAAUUAAUGCAUGGGCCAAGGUUAAUAACCUGGACGAUUUACUUAUGUUUUCCAUAAAAAAAUCAGAUGAUUAUGAAUCAUGCAAUGAUCCUCAUGUAGAGGCUCUUGACUUCCUUCAACUGGAAUAUAAACCGCCAUAUCCAGUCAACAUCAUAAUAUCUUCAAACGUGCUCGACAACUAUUAUAAAAAGAUUUUCACACUUUUAUUACGUAUUUUACGUAUGGGAUCCGUUGUACGACAUAUUUUUAAAUUAUCUCAUAAUCGCUACUUAUAUUACGACAAUGCCAAUAAUGAUUACAAUGAUAGCAAGUUGAUUCAUAUUUUUUGUUUCCGAUCACAACAAUUUAUUGCCGCUUUAAAUGGCUAUGUUUUUGACAUUGUUAUUUCUUCCACAUGGUCAACUUUAAUGAAAAGAUUGAAUAAAAUUGCAAAAGCAUCAAAAUUUGAGUCACCACAAUCGCCACAAUCACAUAAAGAAUUUUGUGAAAACGAUAACAUGGAUAUUGAUGCCAAUAAUGAAGAAUUAACAUCAAAAAUUAAUCCUGAUUCUGAUAUAUACGAUCAAGAACAUAUAAUAAAAGAUUUAAAUGAAAUCCUAUCAGUCAUUUUAUCAUUUGCUAGAACGUUACGACAUAGAAGGUUUCGUAAUUACAGUGAACAACAGAAACAAGAAUAUUGGAGCACAAUUAACUCUUUAUAUGAAAAAUUUAUAUUAUAUACAUCGAAUUUUGUAAAUACAUUAAAGUCAUUGGAUGAAAAAGGAACUAGAUACUCGGAUUUUUAUUUUCAAUUACUUGUCAGUAAAAUUGCUAGAAAUUAA